GGUCUCUCUCUCUCUCUCUCUCUCUCUCUCUCUCUCUCUCUCUCUUCUCCUCCCUCCCUCUCUCUUUAUCUCCCUCACCCUCCCUCUCUCUCGGAUUCAGAUUAUCUCCAUCAUCCUGCCGCUGAGAUGACGACUCCAGAAGCAGCAGGUACUUCCGGGGAUGGGGAGGGGGGCCCUCCGGCUCCGGCCCCAAACCUCACCAGCAACAGACGACUGCAGCAGACACAAGCACAAGUGGACGAGGUGGUGGACAUCAUGCGUGUCAACGUGGACAAAGUCCUGGAGAGAGAUCAGAAGCUGUCGGAGCUGGACGACCGGGCCGACGCCCUGCAGGCCGGAGCCUCGCAGUUCGAGAGCAGCGCCGCCAAACUCAAGAACAAGUACUGGUGGAAAAACUGCAAGAUGAUGAUCAUGAUGGCAGUUAUAGGUCUUAUAUGUUUUGGAGUCAUCUUCUUGUAUUUCUUCUACUGAGCUGGUCUUCAGGGAUAGACACACGAGUCGCAGGACGAGUCUGCACCAACGCCACCGAGCCAAAACCAAGCCUCUCCUCAGCGUUCCUCCUGCUCUUCAUCAUCCUCUUCCUCACCGAUGCCUCCAUGCUCCGUGUCUGUAAUGUGUUCCAGUCCUGUGCCUCCUUUUCUUCUUUCCUCUUGGGAGGAAUCCUGGGUGGAUUUAAUGUUCUUGUUUGUGUACCAGACAUCAGGACAGUUUAAAUUAUUAGGUCAUUUAAGAAAAUAAAUUAAACCGACUUUUUCUUCCUGGU